CCCGAUCACUCGGCCGGUAAAGAAGUUCAAAUAACCUGCAUCGAUAUUAAAUACGAUAAAUAAUAUUUCUAUGUAGUGAGAAUUUAAAACGAACUGAAAUUUAAGUGAUAACUCAAACCAUUUGUGAUUUUGAAAGUGAAGUGAUUAAGUUUGAAAUCUUUUGAUAACUUUGAAUUCGAGUUAUUGGGCAGUAUGAAGGUUCUAUCUGUGGAGGAUAAGGUGGCUUGUGUGGGGAACGAGAAUGAACCGACUUUAGAGGCGGAGACGCCGAAGUUGACGAAGGAAGAAUUGAAUAGAGGCUGUCCUCUCGGUGUUUCCCGCGUUACCAACUGUCUCUAUGUAUGUGGUGCGCACGCGCUGCCUGGUGCAGUGAAAGCACUCAGACCAGGUCUCGUCGUCAACGUAGCACCCGAGCUUCCUCCUCCACCAGAAGACUGCGUUCCCAGACACUAUGUUCCGCUUCUAGACACUCCCAGCUCCGAUAUGCAUCCAUUUAUGGAUCGAGUGGCUGACCUGAUCAAUGAGGUUGUCUCAAGAGGAGAAAAGGUGUUGGUACACUGUGUAGCUGGAGUAUCACGAUCAGUCACCUUAUGCCUUGCUUACCUUGUCAAAUGGGAGAAAAUGACCCUUAGUGAUGCUUAUCACCACAUGAAACAACGACGUCCCCAAAUUCGACCGAACACCGGAUUCUUCAAGCAACUCAUCAAAUAUGAAGAGAGGUUAUUCGGAGAAGCGUCUGUGAAAAUGGUUUACUGCGAAGCCAUCGACAAAGAGAUUCCAGAUGUUUACGAACCGGACUACAGAGGAAUGAUGUGGUUCAGACAGAGAUAUGGACCUAUUGAAAAGAGCUGAGCUAAAUUUUAUGCUAGAUUUAUAAGUAAGAUAAGUAAUUAAUAAUGUGCAUAAUGAUGCGUUUGUUUGUAAGAAAGAAAGUGAUAAUUAAAAAUAAGACUGAGUGGAAGAAUGCCAUGAGGAGUAAAAAUCGAGCAAAUGGAUUAUGAUAAUUAAAAAUCUGACUGAAUAUCUUUUGUUGUUAGGUAAUCAAAGCUUCAGUCAACCUUGUUCUGGCUAUUAUAAAUGUUAGUGGAUUUAAAAUGAACAUAUCAGAGUAGAAUUGAAUGAUAAAGAUUACAUAUUUAUUUCUAACCUUAUAAUCGUACUGUCUAACUUGUCGAAUUCACAAAACUGUUAAGGAAAUUAGAAAUAUGGCAAAAUAGAAAUGACC